AGCUAUUUGACAGUUCUUCAAUUGGACGCCGAAUUUUGUUUAGUUUUUGUGUCGAAGGAGAUUAGCUCUGGAAGUAGCAUAAUUUACAGUACAAAACGGUAGAUUUCUUGUGUUCAUCAUGGCGCAAAGUAAAACCGAACUGAUGGCGGUACUGGCCGUGAUGAGGAAGUACAAUCUGAAGGGCACGGAAGAGCUGCUAAAGAAGGAAGCUGGCUUGGCAGAUAUACCCGAUAAUGUGGCUGGCGAGGCGGAGGUGAACAGUGUGCUGGCGGCGUACAAAAGUGAAGGCGAUCCGGACAUAUACGAAAACUCCUACAUGGAGUUGCGCAAGUUCGUCGAGGAAUCGCUGGACAUUUACAAACACGAGCUGGCACUCAUACUGUACCCGGUGCUGGUCCACAUGUACAUCGAGCUGGUGUAUAACAAUCACGAGGUGCAGGCAAAGAAGCUAAUUACACAGUUCGGUCCGGAGCAGGAGUAUUACUACCAGGACGAGCUGGCUAAGCUGGCGAUGGUAACGAAGCGGGACGAGAUGAGUGGAAACGACAUUACGGACACGUUCAAAUCAAACGCCUUUACCAUUCGUAUAUCCCGCGACACGCUGUCCCUGUUGAAGCGUCAUCUGCACGAGAAGAAAGCAUCGGUUAUACUGAACAUUGUGAACGAGCACAUGUAUUUCGAUCUGUAUGAAGGUGUUGCGCGUAACAAAGCUCAGUGUGACGCAACGAGCGGUGCAAUGACGGGAGAAGCGAAGCGACAAGAUAAUAAAAUAAAGGUGUACUAUGGGUUGCUAAAGGAGCCGGAUGUGCAGACGCUAGUAGCGGCACCGCCCGAGGAGGACGACGACAUGGAUCCGGAUGCACCGGACAAACCGAAGAAGAAAAAGCCCAAGAAAGAUCCACUGUUUUCGAAAAAAUCCAAAUCCGACCCGAACGCUCCACCGCUCGAUCGUAUUCCACUGCCCAAGUUGAAGGAUGUUGACAAGAUGGAAAAGAUUAAAGCGCUUCGGGAGUCUACCAAGCGUGUGAAUCUUGGACCGGAACUACUGCCCUCGAUUUGUAUGUACACACUGCUGAAUGCGAAUCACACUGUCACAUGUGCGGAUUUCUGUGAAGAUUCAAGCCUCUUGUCGGUAGGAUUCACCGAUUCCUCCAUCAAAGUGUGGUCAAUGACACCGAUGAAGCUGCGUGAAAUGAAGAGCGCCGAAAAUUUGAAAGAAAUCGAUCGUGACGCAGAGGACGUUCUGAUACGCAUGCUGGACGAUCGGAAAGCGGAAACGUGUCGUACGCUGCUCGGUCACAGUGGACCGGUUUAUCGCACCUCGUUCGCACCUGAUCGGACAAUGUUACUGUCCUGCUCGGAGGACUGCACUAUUCGGCUGUGGUCGUUGCACACCUGGACGUGUGUGGUCGUGUACAAGGGCCAUCAGUAUCCGGUGUGGGAUGUUCGAUUUUCACCACAUGGACACUACUUCGUGAGCUGUUCGCACGAUCGGACGGCUCGACUGUGGGCCACCGAUUCCUAUCAACCGUUGCGCGUGUUCGCCGGCCAUUUAUCCGAUGUGGAUGUAUGCAUAUUUCACCCGAACAGCAACUACGUAGCGACAGGUUCAAGCGAUCGUACCGUGCGCCUGUGGGACAUGUGCGUAGGCAAUCAUCAUCGGCUGUUGACGGGCCACAAGGCACCGAUCUAUUCGCUGGCAUUUUCCAUGUGCGGUCGGUAUCUUGCAUCCGGAUCGGCCGAUAAUCGGGUGCUGAUUUGGGAUCUUGCCCACGGGCAUCUGAUUGCGGCACUAACCGGGCAUACGGCUUCCAUUCACUCGAUUUGCUUCAGUCGCGAUGGAACGAUUCUGGGAACGGGUGGACUCGACUGUGCGCUGAAGCUAUGGGACUUUACCAAGCUGGUGGACGAUAUCAGCGGGGAGAAUGUAAACGUAUCGCACAAUCCGGAUGUGCGCGAUGGGGAACCGUAUCUGUUGCGCACAUUCCCGACCAAACAGUCACCGUUUCUGACGUUGCAUUUUACGCGCCGCAAUUUACUGCUUGGCGUCGGUAUGUACGAGCUGGGUGUAUGAAAGAAGCUAGGAUAAGGGAGAAGACAGAAGAGACAUUCGCAUUUUAAAGCAUUUGAGUUUGAAACAAUUAUAAUAAAUAAGACAAUCGGAAUCACUUUCAAACGAACGACUAUUGACGCUGAUGACAAAUUGGGUAGGCACAUUUUCAAGUCAACAUAAAUCAGAUUAGCUUUAGAUGUAUAGAGUAUUGCUUUUUUCUCUUCCUUUCGUUCACAAACAGUAAAGUCAAGGGCACCGUCAAACUCAAGGUUCAGCUUAUGCGAGCAAAUGUGACAAGAAAUCCCAUAGGAGACUGUUCCUUGUCUACAGUUUUGCUGCGUGAUUGACGUAGUUUAGCACCGUCAGCCAUGCGUCUCCAUUGCCCAGACAUAUGAUCUUCCUACGUUUGAAGAUGGCGGAACAACGAUCCCUUCAAACAUUCCUUCGUUCAUAUAAGAGUUUAUUUCUAUUUUUUUUUUUUAAGAUUAAUCUUAUUUCCAUGUUCUUCGAUGUUUUAUUGAUGUCAAAUAGAGUUGUUGUUGUGGUAUGUUAAGAAAAGCAAGAGAGUAAUCGGUGGAAAUCUGUGAGAUGUAUUGGCCGUAAACUUUAGUACGCAA